ACCUAAACCCUACAAGCCAGAGCCUUUUCUACGCUCUUUCAGCUUUAACGUGUUUCCACAUGUCUAGCAAUGGUCUGCAAGCCGAGGGCGUUGAACCGCCGGAUUCGUGGGACAGCGCCGGGCGCUACUUCUUAGACGAGUGUAUCCAUGUGAGGAAGUUGUAUGGUCUUGUUCAAGACCUCUCAGCAAUCACAGUCGUGACGUCCUUUUGGCUAUCGGUAUCAUCAUUCGAGAUUGGUGAGGCCCGAAAUCAUGGGGUUAUCUUCAAGAAGCCUUGAAUUCGGCUCUGGAGCUCGGCCUCCAGAAGAACUCCUCGUACGUUGGCAUGUCCUCGGAGGCAAUACUUUGGCACCAACGCUGCUUCUGGCAGCUUUUUAUGGCCGAGCGCUCCUUUACGCUUUUGCGCGGCAAGUCAAUCGUGCCGAGGACGGCAAUCAUGCUAAAGAAGACGCUCGAGCCUCCCACUGGGCGGUAUCUAUACGAGUCUCGAGAUAUCUCUUUGCGAUUCCUUCAGCUCGUAUCAUUGUAUCUUCCGCUGGACGAACCUUCUGUCACAGCAUGGAACGGCUCGUCUGCCCCUCGCGUCAGCCCUGAGACCAAUCUCGCUCCACAGCACCAUCUAGCGAUUUCGCCAGCGUUAACACUGCAAUCUCCAGUGGCAGGAUAUCUUUUAGAGACGGUACACACUACUGACGCAGAUGUCGCCGCAUCCUCCGAAUCAGUAGAGGGAGCACCCGCCAAUCCGCCCGUCGAUGAGCACGGCCAUAAUUGCAACACCAGCAAUAAGCAGAACAGAGACGGCCCCCAGAGCUCUGAGCCAGCCGAUAUACAGACAGUUAAUCUGCUCAUCACACAACAGUGGCUACGCCUCAUCGUGUGGCAGAGCUCCCUCCGGCAGGGGCUGAUCAGCUGGAGAGCUCGCGACAAAACGUUGCACUUCGCGUUCCCGCUGACCAUUGCCUGCCGCACAGCAUCCCUACUGGCGGCACUGCCACGUUCGGCUGUCCAAGUUCCCGGCACGAGCAUAUUUGAGAAGAUAUUUCAGAUCGGCAUAUCGUGCAUCAACUUUCUCGACGCCUGCGACGCCAACCUUGCUAAAAAUGGUGUUUCAGUUACGAAUGUAACGGCUAGGUUUCUAGAUGGCAUAGAGUGGAGGAAUGGCGCCGUGACCAUCGACCCGGUAGAGUUAUUCGUCAAGGCCUUGAGCUCCAACCCCAACAGCCGCACCCAGUUCGCCCGGGACCUGCGGCUGUUUACGAGCAUGCGACCACUUGGUAUGAAGAUAACGCUGACGCCGCUGGUAUUAACGCCGGCUCUUCGUAACAGGAGUGGCUAUACGCGAGCGCACCUGAGAAUGCCUCCAACUUUGCCGGCUGCCCGCGGAGAUAAUUUUGGGACGGGCGGUGUGGUCCGGUUUCAGGCUGACGAACAGAUGAUGGGAACAAGUCAAGACGCUGAAGCCAAUAUUCCAUUCUCGACGGGCCGGAGCAGUAAUGUAUUUGGUAUUCCUCCACCUGCGCCGGGAGCCGAAAGCAAUUACGUGCCUACGGGUGGUUCUUCCACUGCGGUGGGCACGCCCCUACCGUCGCUCAGACCGACGCAGCAGAUGGCGACCACCCACUCCCUGCCGAUGAACCGGGGAGAAACCGAAGAUAGAGAGGUUGAGUAUGGCGGCGGCGGCGGCGAGGCCACAGUGUUCAGCCCUGACGUGCAGCAGCCUGUUUGCUGGUGCGGUCGUUAUUGCCUUGACCAUCAGCCACGCCCGGGUGAUGGGGCCCAGAUGCGGUAUUUUCCGAACACGGGAUAAAGCCCAUUUUCUAUGCACCUUUAUGGCUUGGUAGAUCUUCAAAGCACGGUGGAAGAUGUAAUCAGCGGACUUUAACGAGUGUUCAUGUUUCUAGCGGACCA